GCAGAACGUGCAGCUCUAAUAGAGGAACUUGCUGCCCUUCGACAGAAAAAAGAACAGCUAAAGGCAGAAAUAGACAAAUACAGAGAAUGUGAUCCAGACGUCGUUGAAGAAAUGCGCCAAACAAACAAAAUAGCCAAGGAGGCAGCCAAUAGGUGGACUGAUAACAUCUUUUCAAUAAAGUCCUGGGCCAAACGUAAAUUUGGAUUUGAAGAGAGCAGAAUUGACAAGAGUUUUGGAAUCCCAGAAGAUUUGGAUUAUAUUGAUUAG